GAAGGCUUCCGUGACUAGGGAGCCCAGCGGCAGGAUGUGGGCGGGUAAGACCACUCCCGCGGCCUGCGCAGGCACCUCUGGUCAGAGCUUCGGCCCCCGCCCCUGCCCCAGCGGAGGCUAGCGCUUUGCCUUGCUGCUCCGCAGUGCAACAGUUUGCACCUGCCUUUUGGGAGAGGCGAGGGAGCUGUGCUGCCCGCUGCGGGUCCUCCUGACUUGGUCCUCUACCACAGCCUCCGGGCCCUUAGGUCAGGGCCCGGGGAAGGCUGGAGACAAGCACGGUGCCUGGGGAAAGGAAACUGGGCGCUUGGAGACAAGAUCAAGGAGGACCGGAGACAAUCUCCCUGGGGCCACUAGCUCUGGCCAGCUUGCCUGCCGGCAGUCGCUCCCUCAAUCCCUCCAGCGCCAGGGAGCAGUUGGGGUGGCGUGGGCUCUUGUCCUCGUCUUGGCUGGUGGGAACCGUGUGUACAACAGAGGAAGCCUGGUGGGUCUGUCCCCUCUCAGCCCAGCGCCGAUGAGUGCCAGGGCGCCGAAAGAGCUGAGGCUGGCACUGCCGCCUUGUCUCCUCAAUCGGACCUUUGCUUCCCACAACGCUAGUGGAGGCAGCAACGCAGGUGUCCGCAGCUCAGGCGCAGGUGGUGGCACCUGCAUCACGCAGGUGGGACAGCAGCUCUUCCAGUCUUUCUCGUCCACGCUGGUGCUGAUGGUCCUGGUCACUCUCAUCUUCUGCCUCGUCGUGCUGUCCCUCUCCACUUUCCACAUCCACAAGCGUAGGAUGAAGAAGCGGAAGAUGCAGAGGGCUCAGGAGGAAUACGAGCGGGAUCAUUGCAGCGGCAGCCACGGUGGUGGUGGGCUGCCCCGGGCAGGUGUUCAAGCUCCGAUCCCUGGAAAAGAAACCCGGCUGGAGAGACAGCCCCGGGACUCGGCCUUUGGCACUCCCUCCAACGCCACCUCUUCCUCCUCUUCAACCCCUGGUCUCCUGUGCCAGGGUCCCUGUGCUCCUCCGCCUCCACCGCCAGCCCCCAGUCCACACGGAGCACACACAGCUUCCUCCUGCUUGGACACAGCUGGCGAGGGCCUUUUGCAAACGGUGGUACUGUCCUGAUUGUGUAGCCCUCUCCUUACCCCUUCCUCGUUUCCAGCAUCUUUGCCAUCCUCGCUUUUGGUCCUCCUUUCUUCCUUUUCCAUUCUCCUCUGACCCCUUUUUCCUCUGCCCUCUUUCCUUACCUGCCCAUCCUUUUACUGUUUCUCCUCCGCCGAGGCACUGUGCGGUAUUUGUAAAUAUUGGGCAAGGAAAGUCUCAGAGGAAGAAAUAACGCUGAUAAUACUUUAUUGAUAUUUAUAGUAAUUAUUACACUAUUAUUAACACAGUCCAAGCGCAUGACAAACCACAUAACUUCUCAUUGUUAACGAUGGCUGCAUCUUCCCUUUCCACCCCGUGUCCCCCUCAGUAAGGAGGAGAAACCGCACAAGCUACCAAAUAUAUAAAAGGUGUUAACACAGGAGGGGAGGGGGCCGGUGAUGUUGUAUAUAGCUGUCAAGUGAAGGUUUAGUCGCCUUUCUGCCCCUCCCCCAUGGGCCUUCUUUCACGUUUCCGUUAGCUUCUCUCCCCUCCCUUUCCCUCACCUUUAGCCGGGCUCAGGCGUUAGUAUAUUAUAAAGGAAACAUCUACAUUAAGCACCAGAGACCACAGAGAAUGUCCCAGAAAAACGUUUAGGACAGGUAACCCCUUUCUAGUCAGUCAUCUCUUCACUUUUUGGUUCCCCUGGGCAGUUUUUGAGUUUACUUUUAGAAAUAUCUCUCGCUGGCCGAGCGCAAAAAAGCAAAACCCAUAGUAUCCGCUUUUGCCCCUUCCAUCCUCCUCUGUCCUCCCCACUUGCACACUUGACUGGUGGCAGCUUUCUGUUUUUGUUUUGUUUUAGCCUCAGAGACAUCGGGAGCUGUCCAGCUAUGUCUGGUGCUGAAUAUGUCUCGCCUUCCUGAUUACUUCCUCUGGUUGUGCAGGCCAAAGAAGGAGCUAUUUUGGAAAGUGAUUGUCUUGGUUUCGAUUGGUUUCUUUCUUCUUUUUCUACAAUUGGAUUAGCGUGCACUAUUGUUUUGCUUAUUAUUGAACAUUGCAUAAGUUACCUUUAUGUAAAAAAAAAAGUAUUAGGUAAUGUGCCGUUCUGGAAAUGCAGUAUCUAACCAACCAAUAUGUUUCUGUUUUAUUUUUAGAACAAGUGCACCUUUGUUAUAUACUUAUUAUAUUGGUACCAAAUACAGCAGAAAACUAUAGUUCUGUGAUAUGUCCUCCGAUCUGUAUAUUCUUGUUCUAACUUUCCAGCUGUUGAUAUAAUGGUUGCCACUGGCUAAGGAAGUCAGUGGUGCAGGCCUGGCUUCUGUUUCUGGAAGUGUUCUUUUGUAUUUUACUCUGUAGUAGACUAUUAUAAAAAAAGAUGACACCCACGUUUCCCUUUUUCUUUUGUGAAUAGCAGAAACAGCCACAACAGAAAACAAACAAUGGGUGCGCAGGAAUGCCAUCUAUUAAAUCAUGGUUAAUAUUUCAA